GGAGAGAAACGGGGAGGAGAGGAGGACGGGGCAAAACGAGACAGAACCAGGAGAGAAGUCGGGCCGGCCCAGAGGCGAGCGGAGGGAGGGGAGCCGCGGGGAGAGGUCCGCCCAGCCGCUGAGAGGCGAUGGCGGAUAUAGACAAGCUCAAUAUCGACAGCAUCAUCCAACGGCUGCUGGAGGUGAGAGGAUCAAAACCAGGCAAAAAUGUCCAGCUUCAAGAGAACGAAAUCAGAGGACUGUGUUUGAAAUCCAGAGAAAUCUUUCUGAGUCAGCCUAUUCUACUAGAACUUGAAGCUCCAUUGAAAAUAUGUGGUGACAUCCAUGGGCAGUACUAUGACUUGCUUCGACUCUUUGAAUAUGGAGGGUUUCCACCAGAAAGCAACUACCUGUUCCUUGGAGAUUAUGUUGAUAGAGGAAAGCAGUCUUUAGAAACAAUUUGUCUUCUAUUGGCCUACAAAAUUAAAUACCCAGAGAAUUUUUUCCUGCUCAGAGGGAACCACGAAUGUGCCAGCAUCAAUAGAAUUUAUGGGUUUUACGAUGAAUGUAAGAGAAGAUACAAUAUUAAGCUGUGGAAAACCUUCACAGAUUGUUUUAACUGUUUACCAAUUGCAGCCAUUGUGGAUGAGAAAAUAUUCUGCUGCCAUGGGGGUUUGUCACCAGAUCUUCAAUCAAUGGAGCAGAUAAGACGAAUUAUGCGCCCCACUGAUGUACCAGAUCAGGGUCUACUCUGUGAUCUCCUGUGGUCAGACCCUGACAAGGAUGUCUUGGGAUGGGGUGAAAAUGACAGAGGAGUGUCCUUUACAUUUGGUGCUGAAGUGGUUGCGAAGUUUCUCCACAAACAUGAUUUGGAUCUCAUAUGCAGAGCUCAUCAGGUUGUUGAAGAUGGAUAUGAGUUCUUUGCAAAGAGGCAGUUGGUAACUCUCUUCUCUGCCCCUAAUUACUGCGGAGAGUUUGAUAAUGCAGGUGCCAUGAUGAGUGUGGAUGAAACUCUAAUGUGCUCUUUUCAGAUUUUGAAACCUGCAGAGAAGAAGAAGCCCAAUUCCAGCAGACCUGUAACGCCUCCCAGGGGUAUGAUCACAAAACAAGCAAAGAAAUAGUCACUCUGGCACUGCCUUGUUGGGACUUGUACUAUAUUAUAUAACCUCCAUUUUUAAACUGUCAUGUGUACUGUUCAGCUUGCUCAAAAUAGAUAAAUGUGCUUGUGGUUUUCCUUUUGAUUCGAUGAAUGGCAUUUGCUGGUUGUAACAGCGAAUGAAAGACUUUUCUCCCUCCCAGGAAAGAGUUUUAAAAUCCCCUUCCGUUUGGUGUUCCAGCUGUACACUCCACAGCAGCUUAUCCCAUCCUCAUGGGUAGUUUGUACAACUGACUCUUCAGGAGUAGUGGCAAUGCUUGUUUUCUUCUUUAGGAUCUAAAGAGGGCGCUAGUGUGCUGUGAGAGUAGAGAUUUGUUACUGUCAGAAUGACAUGCUGUUUAUACAGACCACUGUGAACUUUUUUUUUUACAUUCAAUUUUGUUUUAAAGGGAUUGCUUUUCUUUUAAUGUCUCAUCUUCUACAUGUUAGUUUUAUUGCUGUCGACGUUAGGAGUAACAUUGAACCUUGCCAGCAUCACUGGCAUGAUGUGUAUUUAAUUCAGACACACUCCCUCUCUCCGUAUACUUCAGAUGACAAUUAAAGCCAUUGUUUUAAGUGUUCGUGUCCUUCCUGAAGCCAAAGUUUGCUUAGAAAACUUGGUACACACCCCAGCAAUCCGAGCUUGUGGGGCUUCCUGUCCACGCCUCCUCCUGGAGACUGAGGAAGUCCUGGCUGGAGUAGGCAGCAGAAGUGCUGUGCUGUCUCUUCUGUUCUUGACCACAGUAAACACUUUUUGUACUGUUUCCGUGCGUUCCAUCAUGUGGACAGUCUGAUGGUGGUGUCAGUCUUUGCAGCCACUCUCAGACAGCUGGAGGUGUCCCAAAUGGUUCUAGAUCUGCCCAAAUGGUUUGUGCUUUUUAGUUGAAAGACUUUGUUCUACAAAGAAACCUAGCAAAGAGCUUGAGCAGCCAACCGGAGGCGUCGAUCUUGACCACUGGUUUAUAUGAAUCUCACAGAAUCUUGUUUUUUAAAACCUGUUAAUCUUUUUUGAACAGAUAACAGUGUACAAUACCAUGUAGUGAGAAUCACUUAUUAAAUUAAGAAAUUGUUAAACCCUCUCGGUGUCAGUUUAUCACCACUGCUAGCAGAGGACUUGGCUUAGGUAAAUAAAUUGUUCUGGAAACCCACAA